AUGACGAACUCCGGCGCCGCGCCCAAGUGUCUGGCUUGCGUUGUUGACCCGCGCAAGGGCAUCAACCAGCACCAAUGGCUCGUGAACAAGAUGGUGGCCGCUUGGAGGGAUGCUGACCCGGACGCCGAGUACAAGACUGUGGCCCAGGACGUCGCCAUCGCCUUCGACAAGGAAUUCGAUCCCCAAGUCCUCAAGCCUGUGUACAAGAAAGGCAAAUUUCAGGGUUACGAGACAGAAGAAGCGCGCGCAGAGCGGUGCGAUGGAAGGCCGGGGCGAAUCCUCCGGUGGGCUGAGAACCAUAAGGCGUGGAUCAACGCGCAGAGAAACAUGGCCCCUGCGCUGCUCCGUUUCCAACCUCAGCCUCCCGCAAAAGCGCGGCGGUCGCGCGCCUCGAGUGCGCGCGACUUAUACGUUCGGGACCACCCUGGCGUCGGCAAAGAUGUUUUCAAACUGAACCAGCCGGACGAAUGGCAGCGCUAUGAAGAAGCCUCGGCUAGAGAAAAGGCUGAACGUGCUUCUCGUGUGGCAGCCGGCGAGGAGAGUGACGGGGACGAAGAUGAAGAGGAUGAGGUAGAAGAUGCACCUACGCAGCAUGAUCUUCUCGCUCGGCUGCGCCUGAGCAUGCGCACUGCCAUUGAUUCGUGGGUUGAACAAACGGGCGCCGAGAUCUUUGUGUACAUGGGAAAAGUGCGAGAGGACGGAACAUCCAACCGUAGUUUGAUGAGUGCCGGAAAACGAGGGCGCGACCACCUUGCCCAGCGGGUCGUCACCCAGCCCCUCAUCAAGACACUGGAUGACUACGUGCUCGACGCGGGUGGUCUCACACCCCGUCCCGCGAACGCUUCCGCGUCUGGGUCAGCAACGCAGGAACACGCCGAGCCUCUGCCCAGUGCAACUCAUGAAAGUACCCGGGAGACGGAUCACCUCUCCGGCGGCCCUCAACCCCCGCAGAACGUGCCUCAAGCACUCCCAGACGUCCCCGUCCCAUCGGAGGGAGUACUAAGGGUAGAACACCCCACAGACGGCAAUGAGGGCGGCCCUCAACCGCCGCAGGACAUCGCUCCACCCAUGCAUGUGGCCGCUCAGCCACAGCGUAACGUCCCCGUCCCAUCUGAGGGCGGAGCAGUUCACGCGGAAGACUCCGCAGCUAGCCGCGACAACACCGAGAACGAUAUCAGUCACCCGCCCGGCGUUGAGGCGCCACGGGCGGUCGUGGUCUCCGGGGCUGAACUCAGUGUCGACGUCGUCCAGUUCAACGACGUCGCGCGUCCUGGCGCCGAGCCGCAGCCGCUGCAAGACGGGUCCAACGAUGACCCAGCGAUGGCGGACGAGCGAGCUGAGCCCAGUCUCGGUGUCGACCAACUCGCCGGCGUCGCGCAGCCCGCGCCUGCCGAACCGCCACAGCUCCAAGACGGAUUCAGUGAAGAACCAGCGGCUGAAGACGACGGAAAGAGUGAGAAGAUACCAGGCGAUCCCAUUGAGCCCGCGCAGCACGAUGCGCACGUACCUGAAUCCGCGACUGCCUCGGAUACUCUGCCUCAUGGUGAUGCCGAACCUGAAGGCCAGACAAAGGGUCCCCGCGCUGUCAAAAAGGGAACAUCGCGCCGGGGCCGAGGCCGCCAAACGAAAUCAAGUGGGAGGCGUGCCACUCUUGUGGCCCCGGAAGGCGAGCACCGCGCGCCAGCGCGUGGACAAAAGAGAGGGAGCCCCGAGGACGCAGAAAUGCCGGACGAGCCUUCGGGUCGUCCAAAGAGGGCGAAGAAGCAGGAUUACGCAUCGCUCCAUCGCAAGGGAAAGUAA